AUGGAAAGCUUUUCCGAAUGGUUUUGGGAUGAAAAGUUCUGGCUGACACCGGGCAUAAAAUGGGAAGAUUUAAGGUCAAAGACGCCAGGAGUUUACUAUGGACAAUUUUCAGAUAUCGGUCUGCCCUCGAUUCUCAUGGGCUUACUAAUGACUGUCAUAAGGUUCGCGUGUUUUAGGUUAAUAUUUAUUCCCUUUGGGAAACAGUUUGGAAUCCGUGUCAAAAGACCAAGGAAUGCUGUGCCUAAUCCAAUCUUGGAAGUAGAAUAUAAAAAAUCUAAAUUUCCGAAAGAACCAGUAAUAGAGAGCCUGGUAAAGAAGACCAGUUUAACAGAACGAGAAAUUCAACGAUGGUUUCGCGUCCGUAGACAACAGGGGUCACCUGGUAAUAUGCAGAAGUUUUGUGAAUGUUGCUGGAAUUUCCUGUUCUAUGGGUCUAUUUUUAUUUACGGAGUGAUCGUUCUAUGGGAUGAACCAUGGUUUUGGGAAACCAAGUACUGUUUUAUAGACUGGCCUUAUCAGCAUAUCUCUGAUGGCCUGUAUUGGUAUUAUAUGUUGGAGAUGGGAUAUUACUGGGGACUGCUUUUUUCUCUCAUGUUUGAUUACAGACGCAAAGAUUGGAUGGAGAUGACACUUCACCAUGUCAUUACACUACUUCUGAUGGGAUUCUCAUGGGGCAUCAACUUUUCUAGAAUUGGUUGCAUGAUAGUCAUAACACAUGACGUCGCAGACAACUGGAUGGCUAGUGCAAAAAUGGCAAAAUACUGCAAGAAACAGAAGCUAUGUGAGGUGUUAUUUGGCGUGUUUGUUAUCCUGUGGCUUUUCACACGGUGCUACGUUUUCCCCUUCAAAAUGCUGUAUGCUGGUAUGGUGGAAAUCCACGAGUAUGUGGAUCGUUUUCCUGUUCACGAUAUUUUUGUUGGACUGUUGUUGUUCCUUCAAGUAUUACAUCUGCUCUGGACAUACUCAAUCCUUUCUAUAGCAUUCCAGAAGUUCACCGAAGGGGAGUUAAAGAAGGAUGUACGCAGUGACACAGAAGAUGAUGACGAUGAGACAAACAGCGAUGAUAAUGCUAAUGAAUCAAUGAAAGACUUUAACACCAUUUUGCCUCAUGUUGGUAAUGGAGACAUGGGUAAUUCUGAAGGGCUGUUACAGCGGAAGUCCUAG